CUUUUUCUAGUGACCAAGAAAUAUUGCAAAAGUGAUUAUUCUUUCUUCGAAUUUGAUUUCAUUGCUGUGGGAAUAUGUCGAGAAAAUUCGUAGAGACGUUGAGUUUUGUGUAUAAACCUCGAAUGAAUAGUUAUUUAGUAAUGAGGUCAGCGCGGACGUGGAUUGCUAAUAAACAGUCCCACGUGUACAUGAGCAACAGACCUGUCCUGGGGAAGAUCAGUGACGAGGCAACAGCCAAAGACUUUACUUAUACUCUUUUACCUACCGAACGUCAACUUUUAUACGAGGAACUCAAGAAAACUAUAGAACAGACGGAAAACACCCAAGGUCCUAUUCCCCCAACUGCUGGCCAGCUUUUAACAGCAUUCCAGUGUGGGUUUUGGCCAUUUGUAGGCUUUGGUUUUUUUGAUAACUGCAUCAUGAUUUUAGCUGGUGACUUCAUAGAAUAUGAAUUUGGCCAGUUGUUGCAUAUAUCUACUAUGGCAGCGGCUGCUCUUGGAAAUCUAGUCUCUGAUGUUUGUGGAAUGUGGCUGGCAGUAAGAGUAGAGAGUGUAUGCAGAAGAUUUGGUAUCCACAUGCCUGUUCUCACUAGCUCUCAACUUGAAAUGAGGAAGACAAAGAUUGUCAUGGCUUCAGGGAGAGUAAUAGGAAUAUCUCUAGGAUGUUUAAUAGGUAUGGCUCCACUCCUCUUCACUUCUUGAUCCACCCAUCUGCUGACUCUCCCAAGGCAAAGUGUUCAUAAAACCAAAUUUUGUUCCUAGAAUUGUAGAAACGUCUGGUAGCUAGAAUUUUGUGGAAAAUUUAAACUAUUAUUCAAGUCUAAUAUCUGAUAUGAUAAAUUAGAAUGCAAGAAAUGUUCUUAGUUGGUACAGAGUAAGUUGUACAUCAAAAAGGCUAAAGCCAUGCUUGCCAGUACCCAGGAAAGCUGUAGAGAUACUGGUAAUCAGAUAGAUUCAUGAUUUUCCAACUUAUCUUUAUGCAAAUUAAUUGUUGUUUUGAGAAUGUAAUUUUAAAUGUAAUCAAAACUUAGUGUAUUUUUUUUUCAGUGAAUAGUAUGUAAUAAACAGCUGUAUGUAAUACCCACUACCCUGUUUCUUUGCAUUACAUGUACAGUAAAACAUGCUUACAACGAAGUGCCAGGAAUGGACGAUUUUGCUUCGUUGUAAGCGUAAUUCGUUAUAUACGUUAAGUUUGCAAUAUAUUGUUAACUCACAGGGAAUGAAAAUCACUUCGCUGAAAGCGUCAAUUCGUUAUAAGCGUGUUCGCUAUAAGUGUGUUUUACUGUAGUAAGGAUGUUGUAAAUAUAAAUGAGAUUGAAUCAUUGAUACUUGUUUUUUUUUCCACUAUGUAAAUUACAAUUUUUAUGUAAAGAUUUCAGAGUAAUUUGUUGUUUAAGCUAACAUAAUAUUUUUUAGAGGGUAUUUCUCUCCUGUAUACUGGUAUAUUUUGGGGGAUUAUACGGCGAUUACAGUACAUAUGUAUGCUUAUUAAUAGGAAUAUUUUAAACCACUAAUACAUUUGAUCCAUUUUACUGAGGAUGAACAAAGAUACUAAUUUAUUUACACCUGUGAGCAGGUUCAUGCACAUGUACAUGCAUAUUGAUCAUGAAUAUGAGAAAUUGAGAAUUUGGAUGAAUGCUGAUUGUGAUUAUUCAUUAUAAUGUCUAUUUUUAGAUAUAUUUGUUAAUUUUUUGUUUUUUCUAUAUCAUUUCCCCCCUUGUCUUUCAUUUUCUGUGUGCCUUUAGCAUUUGUGCGAGAAAUACAUAUACAUGUAGCAUUGUAUGCAUCAUUUUUUUUUAAUUCUUUAUAUUUGAAUUUUGUUCUCGUAGAUAUAGUUUAUGUAGAUAUAUAGCAUACCGGUAUAAACUUAUACUUGUAUUUUUUAUAAACCAACAUAUGGUACUUCAACCUCUAUGAAUGAGAUACUUAGAAACUGAUAAUUCUAGGGUAGAAUAACUCCAAACUUUAUGUACACAAUAUCUGUAUAUUCCAGGGACUUUAUUGGAAUUAACUGUAUUGUUAACAAGUCAUAUCUAGAAAACUUUUUUUAAAGUAAAAAUGCAAAUUUACCAAUGAAUAAUUUUUUUUGGGUGCAUUCAUCAACCUUUUCCUUGAGUUGAGAUACCCACAAAGAAAUACUUUAGUUACAUUGAUUAUAUUUCUUGGAAUCUUUCAAAUUCUUUUGUACAAGCAUAACAACACAAAUCACCCCUCCACCAUUAAUUGUCUGGUAUCUUUUAUUAGCUCACCUGAGCCUAAGGCUCAAGUGAGCUUUUAUGAUUGAAAGGUGUCUGGCAUCCAUCUGUUGUAUGAUAAACUUUUCACAUUUUAAACUUUUUCUCAAACCGCUAGGGCCAAUUUGAACCAAACUUGCUGCAAAGCAUCCUUAGAUAAAGGGGAUUUUUAAAAGUUUGUUUAAACGAUGGGUCAUGCCCUCACUCAAGAAAGGGGUAAGGCAGGGCCACAAUGGGCAAUCAAUGUUUUUCAUAGGAAUAAAUAGGAAGAAUCUUUAAAAAUCUUCUCAAGAUCAGCAGAGCCAUGAUUAGUCAUAUUUAUAUGGAAGCAUCCUCAGGUAUUGUAGAUUCAAUUUUGUUCAAAUCAUGACCCCUGGGGGUAGGGUGGGAUCACAAUGGCUGAUCAAAUUUUUACAUAGGAAUUUUUUUUAAAUGUUCUCAACAACAGCAUAAUUAGUCAUAUGGAAACAUCCUCAGGUAGUGUAGAUUCAA